CCGCGAUGACCGCUUUGAGCCGGAGUGAGGCCGCCGAGGCGGGCAGCAACCAACAAAUGCACGGAAAGACAGCUUCUCUGAACAGUCCUGUGUCUUGCAAAGAGAAACCAGACAGAGUUGAGGAGCCCCUGGACUACAGUCUGCACUGGCCAGAAGGCUUGAAGAGUGAAGAGAUAAAGAAGUGUGGCCGAGAAGGGAUAACACUGAAUAAAUACAACCAGCAAUACCACAAGCUGUUUAAGGAUGUUCCCUUGGAGGAAGUGGUUCUCAAAGUGUGCUCCUGUGCCCUCCAGAGGGACCUCCUCCUCCAGGGCCGGCUCUACAUCUCCCCCAACUGGCUCUGCUUCCAUGCCAGCCUCUUUGGCAAGGAUAUCAAGGUGGUCAUUCCUGUGGUGUCUGUGCAAAUGAUCAAAAAACACAAGAUGGCACGGCUCCUUCCCAAUGGACUGGCCAUCACCACCAACACCAGCCAGAAGUAUAUCUUUGUGUCACUGCUCUCCCGGGACAGUGUAUAUGACCUGCUGAGGAGAGUCUGCACCCACCUACAGCCUUCCAGCAAGAAGAGUCUGAGUGUAAGAGAAUUUCCAGGGGAACCUGAGUCUCUGGAAGUCCUCAUCCCUGAGAUGAAGUGGAGAAAGGUAUGCCCUUCCUCCAGGUCCCUGUCUCUCCCAGACAACAUCCCUUGUAUCCCUCCAUCAUCCAUGGACGCCACAGACAGUUUCUUCCCCUCCAGGAAGCCUCCAAUGUCUGAAAAGUCAAGAGCCCAAGUAGCUUCAGAAAAUGGUGGGAGGUGGGCAUGGCCCUUGCCAGGCUGGGGUCCUGCCUGCCCUAAGAAGAUGCCGAACUGCUCUCCCACUGCAAAGAAUGCUAUCUAUGAGGAGGACGAGCUGGAGCAGGAGCCCAGGAGCACUGGGGAGUUGAGGCUCUGGGAUUACCGGCUCCUCAAGGUCUUCUUUGUGCUGAUCUGCUUCCUGGUCAUGUCCUCAUCCUAUCUGGCGUUCCGUAUUUCUCGGCUAGAGCAGCAGUUAUGCUCCUUGAGUUGGGAUGGCCCAGUCCCUGGGCACAGGUAACAGCCACUUGGCCUUUGUCCCCAUUCCUUCUCCAAGAAGAAUGUUCUGGGUGCUAAGUUUCCACCAAUGAUCCCUGUGGUUUAUGCUGCUGCUGUGCUAAGACUGCCUAUGAAGGAAAAUAUUCCAGAUCCCUCCUCCUCCCUGCAGCUCUUCUCUUCCCUCUGUGAGAGAUCUGAAGUACCUUUUUACAAAGUAACUGGCUUCUACAAUUUUUGGACUCAAACAAAAAGCUAGAUUUUUUGGAACCAACUGAGGAAUUCUGUAUACAAAGCUUCAGCAACCACUUAAAUGAGAAAAAACAAACAAACAAACUGGGUCCUUGGAAACAGUUCUGGCACACAGGCAGAACACUGGAGGCCACCUCAAGGGACAGAGGCCAUGCUUUCAUAUUUGGAAUGUGGCUCUGCCACACAGCUCACUCCUAUUGUGGGGUCAGAGGUCAGAACACAAACCACCCAUGUGGGCUCUGCUCCCUCCCAACACUCUGUGUUCCCACAGGGCUUCUCUGCGGGCAGCCAGGCACCUGUC